AUGUCAUCUGCAGAGACACACCCCACUCGCAUCGACGAGCAUCUCAACAUCGCCUACAUCUCCACCUCGCCACCCAAUCCAUUCCACCAGUUCGACCUCUACAUCCCCAAUCCAACCCCCGCCGCGAAGCCCCCGCUCAUCUGCUUCGUCCACGGCGGUGCCUGGCGCUCCGAAGACAAGGCCGACCACGCCGCCCUCGCCCGCCGCCUCGCCGCCCGCACCCGCUGCCCCGUCGCCCUCCCCAACUACCGCCUCACCACCCCCGCCACCCCGCUCCGCCACCCCGCACACGCCGCAGAUCUCCUCGCCUUCCUCCACUUCCUCCUCGCCUGGCCCGGCCCCGCACACGCGCAUGGCCCCCCGUACGACCCCACCGCGCUCUACCUCAUCGGCCACAGCUGCUCCGCGCACAUGCUCACCUCCAUCUUCCUCCAGCCCCCCUCUCCCGCGCCGCCCGCGCCGCCCCCCUCCCCCACCGACGCGCUCCCGCCCGCGCCCGUCCCCACCCCAGACACCCUCCGCCCCGCCCCCGCGCUCCUCGCCGCCACCCGCGCCCUCGCCCUCUCCUCGGGCCUCUACGACCUCGACCUUCUGCUGCGCGCCUUCCCCGCGUACAAGUCCUGGUUCGUCGCCCCCGCCUUCGGCCGCCUGCGCAGCUACGCGCCCUGGAACACCGCCGCGUACGCCCUGCGCGCGGGCGCCGCGCACGCACGGUGGCUCCUCGUGCACUCGACGGGGGACACCCUCGUGCACCGCGCCCAAAGCGAGGCCGCGUGGGCGGCCCUGCGCGCGCUCUAUGGUGAGAGCGCGGACGCGGACGCUGAGCAAGGCGGGCGGCGCAUGGUCGAGCGCGACUGGGACUCGCUCGCAGAGGAGCACAACGAGGCGCUCGCGGGGGAGGCGUAUCCCCGCGUCAUGGGCGACUUUAUCCUGGACGACAUGCAAUGGCGCGCGAGCGCGCGCGGAGAGUAA